AUGUACAGUCACACCAUAAAAAAGGAGAUAUUUGAGCUGAUUGGUGAAAAAACCCCACACACCACAGAUAUUUUGCUGGAUCAUAAGACCAGAGCUGCUAUAAAUAAAGCGUCAGUGCUGACUGACUACGCGCAAACGCGUCGGAAGAGGGCAGAGUGAUAGUAGGAGGGUUCUCUCCUUCUCUCCCUCCUUUGAACCAGAGCCAUCUCACUCCAGCAUUCAUCCUCUUUCCACCAAUAGGCCCAAUGAGCUGACUGUGCACCACCCACUAUCGCUGUGUGUAUUUUUUCUUCUCCGCUCCCUUCCUUUUUUUUCAAAGCCAGUCAGAGCUGGAUGUGUGUAGACCGUCACAUGUUGUUUCCCCUCCUCAGUCGGGACACCGGGAGACAUGUGUUAUAUAUCGCUCAGCUGUGGGAGAAGACGAACCGACGCACUCGAGCGGCUCCGGAGACACAAGGACUGAAAUAAAAGCGCAGUCGUUUCUCCAACAACUCGAGGGAAAAAAAAGGGGGGAAGGAAGCAUUGUGUCUGCACGCAGAGGACGCGAGAAUGGCGAGUCCGCCGAACACGGGAGAGCAGUCGUUAUUACCCGGCAACGUGAGCAACAAUGUCAAGAAAUGCGGAUAUCUGAAGAAGCAGAAACACGGACAUAAGCGCUUUUUUGUUUUGAAGGAGCCGGGCGAGGGUUUCCCUCCGCGCCUGGAGUACUACGAGAGCGAGAAGAAAUGGAAAAACAAAUCGGCUGCGAAGAGAGUUAUACCUCUGGACUGCUGCCUCAAUAUCAACAAGAGAGCGGACGCGAAACACAAGUAUCUCAUCGCUCUGUAUACCAAGGACGAAUAUUUCGCCGUGGCUGCUGAGAACGAGCAGGAGCAGGAGAGCUGGUACCGGGCACUGGCGGAUUUAAUGGCUGAGGGGAAAGUGUAUGAUGGCUCUGCGUCCAACUCUGCGUCCUCGCUGGUUGGCUUCGACGAGGCGAGCUACGGCGUGAUAACGCCGGUCACCGCCGCCUACAAGGAAGUGUGGCAGGUUAAUCUGAAAUCUAAAGGCUUGGGACAGAGCAGGAAUUUAACCGGGGUGUACAGGCUGUGUCUCUCCAGUCGGACUAUCAGCUUUGUGAAGCUGAACUCGGAGGUCGCCUCCGUCAUCUUACAGCUGAUGAAUAUCCGGCGGUGCGGCCACUCUGACAGCUUUUUCUUCAUCGAGGUGGGUCGGUCUUCAGCCACGGGUCCCGGGGAGCUGUGGAUGCAGGCUGAUGAUUCCGUGGUGGCACAAAGCAUCCACGAAACUAUUCUGGAGGCGAUGAAAUCCAUGAAGGAGCUGUCGGAGUUCCGUCCGCGCAGCAAAAGCCAGUCGUCGGGUACGAACCCAAUCUCGGUGCCCACAAGGAGGCACCUGAACAAUCUGCCCCCCAGUCAGACCGGGCUUACCCGGCGGUCACGCACUGACAGCAUGGCCAUGACCUCCCCUGUGAGUAAAUUCUCCUCCUGCCGAAUACGAACAGCCAGCGAGGGCGACGGCACCAUGACACGCCCUAUAUCAGUGACUGGGAGCCCACUCAGCCCCGGGGGUCACAGGACCCUCUUGAGCAGAUCUCACACCAUUACAGCUCACCCCUGUCGGACUUUUGAAUCCUCUUCCCUUCAGCACAGUAAGUCCAUGUCUAUGCCCCUGUCUCACACCCCACCCAUAGCCACCCCAAGCCAAGUGAGCCUGUCCUCCUGCCAAGACUCUGUUGCCCCUCGACCCUCCAGUUGCAGUGCCUCCUUCUCAGGCUCACCCAGUGAUGCUGGCUUCAUAUCAUGUGAGGAGUAUGGAUCCAGCCCUGCAGAUGCACGCGACAUCAGACUGCCACUCACCCUCCGAAGCAACACUCCUGAGUCCCUUAAAGCUGACACUCCCCCCUCCCGAGAUGGCAGUGAGCUUGAGGGCUACAUGGUGAUGGAGAGGCAGAAUUUGAAUGGUUUUCGUCGGUUACCAGACAUGGACAAGGCUUAUCGAAAGCGCACAUUCUCUCUUACUACCCCUCGCCAGCAGAGGGCCCCUUUCCAAGUAUCUUCAGCCUCCCUGGAUGAGUAUACUCUUAUGAGGGCCACAUAUAAAAGCGGAAGCCAGUCUUUUCGCAGAUGUCACAUCACCUCAGCUAAAGGGACCUAUCCUGAGGAUUACAGGGACGUCCAGAUUGGAUCUAAUAAUAUCCAAGCUGACAGUGGUUACAUGCCUAUGAUGCCAGGUGUGUCACCUCAAAUGCCAGGGUCCAAGGAUGACCCCUACAUGCCAAUGAGCCCCAUGUGUGUUUCUGCUCCAAAGCAGAUCAUCAACCCCCGUUCACACUCCUCUUCUGUUGGGCUGGCCCCGCACACAGACUCCCCUGUGAGUGUUUCUCUGGAGGACAGUGGCUAUAUGCGCAUGUGGUGCGGAACCAAAAUGUCUGUGGAGAGUGCAGAUGGAAAGUUCACAAAUGGAGAGUACUUGAAUAUGUCUCCUGUUGACCCUCUGGUGUCUCUCACACCCCCCGAGUACAUCCUCAGUCCAGGAGGAAAUCCUAACCCCCAACAUCACAAACUGCCUUAUUCCUUUAGCUCUUUACCACACUCAAUUAAAAGCCCAUUGCAGCGCAAUGGGUCAACAGAUUCAGAUCAGUAUGUGGUGAUGAGUUUACAAAGACAGCGAAUAGAAGAGGAGUCCAACUAUUGUCCUGUGUCCCCAGGAGACUCUGUGGUCAGCAGCUGUGCUGGGACACCAAGCACCGUGUCCUCCACUGUAUCUCCACUCAGACUGGCUCGUGUAGAUGGGGGCAUGGUGCACCGUAGUAGGGUGUGUCGGCCCACCCGUCUGGCUCUGGAAUCUCUCAGAACAUUACCAUGUAUGAGCGAACAUCCUCUUCCGUCAGAGCCACGGAGCCCUGGAGAGUAUAUCAACAUAGAUUUUAAUACUGCUACCCAUGACACUCAGGCCUCCACUGUGUCAGAAAGCUCUGAGGCAUCUGAAAGUAUAUUGUGUGAAAACCAGGUCUCCCUACCACUCUCUGACUAUGCUAAUGUUGACAUCAGUUCCCCAGGUCACCCUGGUUCACACCAAGCAAGGGCUCCCUCCCCGUCAGGGUCCCUAAACCACACACCUGAAGUCUUGCCUCUGGUGAACAAAAAGCAGAGUAUGCAGGAAGGUCAGGGAGAAGAAGAAGAAGAAAAAAGCACAGCAAGACAGGCAGAGGAGAGGGGGAGGGUAGAGGUAUAUCAUCCCCAGCAGCAGGUGAGCCUCAAAUGUCAGAAUGUACCAGUGAAGGAUGACUAUACUGAGAUGACUUUCAGUCCGUCUGCCCCACUGCCUGCUCUUUGCAGCACAGAUGCUGCUUCUCUCCCUACCAGCCCCACGACCUGUGUCCAGAGACUUAGCCUUGAAAGCAGCAUUGUGAAUGGGGUGCCCCAUGUGCCAGAAGACUCAUUUCUUGUGGGGUGUCCUUCAUUAUCUGUCACCCUCCUGGAUCCACACUGGGGGGCCAAAGUGAUCAGGGCUGACCCCCAGGGUCGCAGGCGGCACAGUUCUGAGACCUUUUCCUCCACCACCACUGUCACUCCUGUGUGUCCAUCCUUUGCCCACAACACCAAACGGCACAGCUCUGCCUCUGUGGAGAAUGUCUCCCGGACUGUGAACAGUUCUGAGGGACCUGAAGAAGACUAUAGCAACAACAGCCCCAUGUGCAGGGAGAUGUCAGCAGGUUAUCAAAAUGGACUUAACUACAUUGCCUUAAAUUUGAUGGAGGGGAACUAUGGUGGAUGUCGGUUAGGAGGCUGUGAUGGACUCCUGAGCUUCAAGACAGCCUGUGGCUGCAAGGGUGGCAUGAAUAGUUUCAACACAAGCCCCUAUGCCAGCAUGGGAUUCAAGGAGACUGCUGCUGCUGUGAAAGAAUGAAGGUUGAUGGGUCCUCCCUCCACCGCACCGCCCCCCCACCCGCUCCUCCUCCUCCUCCUGUGAACGUAGGAUUUGGCUGCAGCCAAGUGACGAGGUCGCCACAGCGACAGUUGGACCAUGCGCUGCAGCUAAUGUCCUUUGACCUCUUUGCUGCCUUCAAGGUUCACAGGGACUGCCAUCACCAUGGAAACAUGAACACUUGACCCUUGCCCCAAAUCUUCCCUCCGCUUUUCUCCGGCACCAAAACAUUCAGGCGCCAUCGCUGCUGUAGUUCUAGAUUACUUUUUAAAAAGAAAGAAAAACACCUUAAAUGGACUACUAACUCUAACCAUAGAUAGGUAACUAUUUAUCUAUUUAUCUCUGGAUGUAGGUCUGCAAAAUGAUUCUGCAGUAUAUUGUUAUGUUAAUUUUUGUUGUUAUUACCAUUCAUACACUUUCAACCGGCCUUAUUUUGGCUUUAGUCAAGAGUCGCCGGUUAACUUUCACCUGAAAACCUGUGAACCAAACCUGGAGAGUACGAGCGCGCACACACACAUACAUACACGCAAAGAAUGCAUACAGAUUACAUGUAUUUAUUUAUUUAUCAUGUCUGUAUGUAGUAACGAAAAUGUGUGCGUAAAAUACUUUUUAUACAGAUUGUACUGCAAAAAAGAGGUGGCAUUUAUGAACAUAUUUAAAAAUCAGAGUUAACAUUUGCUUAAAAAAAAAAACCUACCUCAGCAAAUAACCAGGUUGGUACCAAUUCACACAGUAAAAAUAUAUAUAAAAUAUUUAUUUUCGGAGGUGUAUGUUUUGUUUUGUUUCGUUUCUUUUUAAAAGAAUCACCAAUCCAAAGCCUUACUCUCACCAUCAGCUUCCAUCUGAUGGACCUUUUCAGUUUGGACCUAUGAACACGCAGUAUAUCAAAGAUUUAUCCGAUUAUCAGAGACUGAAUGUGCAUCAGAGCUGAAAGAGAAGCAGUCUCUCUGAGAUUAAGUUCCUCCUCUCCCCACACACAUUUAUGACGAUAUUAUGUAUUAAGAAACAUAGUAAUAUAUUGCCUGAGAUGGAGGUUGCAUUCACACCGAAGAGAAUGCACAUGCAGACAAUAUGAUAACACUUUACAUUGUAGUACAGCAAAAAAAUAUGGUAAUUUGGAGGUGAUAUUACAGUAAUACCAACUUAUUUCUAAUGCAAUUUCCAGCUUGGAAAUAGUGUGGUUCUAAUGUGAUAAUAUUACAGUAAUACCAUGUUAUUUCUAACAAAUAUCCAGUUAAUAGCUUGGUAAUGAGAAUUACUAUAGGCUGCACAUAAAAAUGAAUUCAAACUGAUAAUUACAAUAUAAUACAGUUGACAUUCAUGCCCCCCUUUGUCCCACAUACAUUCCCAAGCUAUUACUGGUGAUUACUAUAACAUAAGAGUGUAUUACCAUAAUAUUACUUUACAAUUGUUACAAAGUUAUUACCAUAUUCAUUACCUAGUCGUAUUGUUACUGUACUGCAAUGUAAAGUGGACCAGACAAUGCAGCAUGAACCAGGUCUACUUGGACUUGAGCACCGGAUCUGUGGCCUGACUGAGUCCAAGUCUCAGCACCUUUUUCUUUUUUUUAUGACACUUAACCAACUCACUCCUGUUCAACUGUGAUUUCCUGCUUAGCCAAUCCCGCAGGACGUUUAAUGACCUUUCAACACAAGGGAUGGGAACACGAAUGUUUUGAAAUUCUCUGUGGAGUUACUGGACAGCCCCAGUAUCUUCCAUUUUGUCACCUGAUGCCUCACUGUGGAGGCGUCUGUCACACGACAUCAGACAGCGUCGAGCAGCGCUGCGAGCGCGGGACGCUGAACUCGCAGCCUCCUGCUGCACGGUCUUGCACUUACAAACUUUCCAGAUUGUAACACAAGACACGUUGAAUGUAGUAUACGCUGUGUUCCAAGUUCGGGAGCACACGACCCACAAACGAACACCACAACAACUGCAACAACACGAAUGAAACAUGCAGAGGUAGAGAGGGGAGAAUAUAACGCAGACACAAGCCGAAUAAAAGAGACAAACCAGGGGAAGUAUCUUAUUUAUCUGAACUCACUGGUACCUAACCUUUGCUUCUACACUGUAAAUAGUGCGAUGUUACAGAGAAUUACAUCCAAGCAAACGCUGCAAAAGUUUUGAGAAAUGUUAAGUUAAAUAACUUAUGUUCUUUGUACUGUACAUAGUCUGUGUUUGAGUGAACUUUCUGAUACAACAAAAGCACUAAUUAAGUUAUAUGCUAAAUAGUAUGGUUUGGCUUUGAUUUCCUUUUUUAAACUGUCAUGGGAUAACGUGUGAAAUGGAUGCCACUACGAGGACAUUUUCUAAUGCUGUAAUUCUGAAAAAAAAAAGAUUUUAAGAGAAAUCAUUAAUACUUGACAUAGUUAAUUCUUACCAAGGUACAACACAAAUGGCAUAUAUGCAAUAUUUACACUUUCUAAAUUAGUUUACAAAGAUGUACCAAAUGUAUAAAUACUGUUAAUAAUGUUUGUUAAACCUAAAAAUCUAAUUUUUGCUGUUUGUACUUUUUUUUUUCUCUUCAAAUUUGAAAUUGAACUUUUCUCCUGUUUGUUUUUGAGCAGUGUUUUGCAUUUGGAUAAUGUUUCGACUUUUUAUUCAGCAUCUAAAGGUUAUGAUAUGGGCUCUGGCUUAUCUUGCUGUGACUUUCAUUGUAUAUUGUUUCAUAUCUUGCAUAUUGUGAUGCUACUAAGAGAGGAUAAUUUAAACAUAGUUCAUUGCUUAAGAUUGUAUUGAUUCUUUAUAGACACAUGCAAUAAAUAAUGACGUUAUUUAAGACAA